AUGGAGGCAUUGAACUGUAUUGCCUUCUCUAUUCUUUUGCUCUCUUCAGCUUGCCAGAACGCAUUUUCAAAAGAGAUGGAAGUAGGAUCUACCAAUUUUUCAUGUUCUCAUCCUGAAUUCUGCUCUGAAGCAACCACCUGUUGCCAGAAUGGUAUGGAUGGGUACGGUUGGAUUGCUGCAGCGGUUGGCUGGAGUCUCUGGUUUCUCACCCUUAUCAUCUUCUGCAUUGAUAAAAUGACCAAGCUCAGGCCUGACGAAUCCAAAUAUUAG